AUGGAUCAUACUACUUCCAAUGUUUCAGUUUGUGCGGGUGCAAACGACGACGAAGAACAAGGAGGACCACGUCAAAACAAUACCGAGCCUGCCGCCAAGGGGGAACUCCCGCCACCACCACUGCAUCGGCAGCCAUGGUCUUGGCUUAUCCUGGUGGGAACGUUGCUACUUAUCGUGGGAAAUUGCAGCCGUUGGUUGUUGUGCCAUGGUUGUCCCGACUUUGGUGGCGACGACGAACCAAUCGCUGCCCUUAGCAAUGCCGAGAACAACUUUGCAAUCUCCGAGGACCAACCCAUCAUCCAGGAACAAAACGGAGGAACACAGGAAGUCAUCGCAAAUCCGGAUGGCAAUGUGGAGCCAGCAAUUUUCCCUUCUCUUGAAGGAACACAAGUCCUCGCCAGUGGAACGAAUAAGGAUGACAAUGUUCAACAGUUGUCCCUUCUCUUGAAAGAGCACAAGUGCCUGCACAAGUCAGUGAUUUGA